GGAGGCGGGCAGCGGGCAACGGGACCAAGCGGCGUGAGCGGAGCAGCUGGUCGGAGAGCAGCGAUUACUGCAGGUUUCGGAAAGAAGAGAAAUGGUGUAAGCCAUUCACUAUCCAAAUUUUAAGGUCAAAGACUGGAAGGAAGGUCAGGAGGAACAUGGCCUGGCCAAGUAUUUUUCGGAGAGGAACUCUGCUGUCCCGGUUCAGCCAUCAUCAUGUUGCCGUGUUCCUGCUCACCUUCUUCAGUUAUUCGUUGCUCCACGCAUCGAGAAAAACAUUUAGCAAUGUCAAAGUCAGCAUCUCUAAGCAGUGGACCCCGAGUGCUGUUAACAGAUCGAUUGAACCUGUGGAGAUCUGGAGCAGCAACCAUUUGUUCCCCAGUGCGGAGGAAGCCACUCUUUUCCUCGGGACACUGGAUACUAUUUUUCUCUUCUCCUAUGCCGUGGGCCUUUUCAUCAGCGGUAUUGUUGGGGAUCGGCUUAAUUUACGAUAUGUCCUAUCUUUUGGCAUGUGCUCUUCUGCAUUAGUGGUGUUUAUCUUUGGCACUGUCACAGAAUGGCUGCAUUUCUACAACAAGUGGCUGUACUGCUGCCUGUGGAUUGUGAAUGGCCUGCUGCAGUCCACUGGGUGGCCCUGUGUGGUUGCUGUCAUGGGCAACUGGUUUGGGAAAGCUGGCCGAGGCGUUGUUUUUGGUCUCUGGAGUGCCUGUGCUUCGGUGGGCAACAUUCUGGGAGCAUGCCUGGCCUCUUCUGUUCUGCAGUAUGGUUAUGAGUACGCUUUCCUGGUGACGGCGGCUGUGCAGUUUGCUGGUGGGAUCGUCAUCUUCUUUGGACUCCUGGUGUCACCUGAAGAAAUUGGUCUCCUAGGUAUCGAGGCAGAAGAAAAUGUCGAAGAAGACUCGCACAGGCCAUUAAUUAAUGGUGCUGAAAAUGAAGAUGAAUAUGAGCCUAAUUAUUCAGUCCAAGAGGGCAGUACCAUCACCCAAGUCAAGGCAAUAAGCUUUUAUCAGGCUUGUUGCCUUCCUGGAGUUAUACCGUACUCGCUCGCCUAUGCCUGCUUGAAGUUAGUGAAUUACUCCUUCUUCUUCUGGUUGCCCUUUUACCUGAGUAACAACUUUGGGUGGAAGGAGGCUGAAGCCGACAAGCUGUCCAUUUGGUACGAUGUUGGAGGGAUUAUAGGUGGAACUCUGCAAGGCUUCAUCUCUGAUGUGUUACAGAAGAGAGCACCCGUUUUAGCUCUGAGUCUGUUUCUGGCAAUUGGGGCCCUGGUUGGAUACAGUCGCUCUCCAAACGACAAGUCCAUUAAUGCGCUUCUGAUGGCUGUUACAGGAUUUUUUAUUGGCGGACCUUCUAAUAUGAUUAGCUCUGCUAUUUCUGCUGACUUGGGUCGCCAAGAGCUCAUCCAAGGCAGCAGCGAGGCUUUGGCGACUGUCACAGGAAUUGUUGACGGAACUGGGAGCAUUGGAGCUGCGGUGGGCCAGUAUUUAGUGUCUUUGAUCCAGGACAACCUCGGAUGGAUGUGGGUUUUCUACUUUUUCAUUCUCAUGACAAGUUGUACAAUUGUAUUUAUUUCGCCAUUAAUAGUGAGGGAAAUGUGCUCUCUUAUGCAAAGACGACACGUUCGCAUACUGAGUGAAUGACUGGUGCCCCAGAGGAACAAGAAUAAUAGGAGGCACAUUAGGACUAUAAUUUCUUUUAAUUCAUCCCAUUUUGGGGUUGUCUGAAGAGCUCCAAAAUAACCUCAGAUGGCCAAGCCUCUUUCAACAGUGUCAGCCUCUUGCGAUGCUGACCAGAGCGAGGUGGGCUGUUUUGCUACACUACAGGAAUGAUUGCUGAUUGUUUUAUUGUUGUUUCAUGAAUGUUCAAGUGGCCUGCGAAUCUUCCUUGGGCCUGUUGAGGUUUAUCCCUUUAACCUUAAAGGCUGCAUUGGACGUGGACCUUUGUUCUCCAGCCUGGGAAGCUGAGUGACCACAAGCAGCCGUGCCUGGUUUCUAUCAGAGUCGGGCUCCGUGAAUAGAAAGGCUCGUUGCAUUUUGCUUUGGAAAUGAGUUUGCAGAGGGUAGCUCAUCUUCGAAGCAUCAAAUCCUGAGAAGGUGCUCCAACUGGAUCCAGAAUAAGCCUGCCUUGGACCAAGAAUGCCUUUGUUAACCUCGGUGGGAAAAAUCAUGCUACGUGCAGAAGCAGACUGUCUCCAAAUUGCUGUCAACUUGUUCUCCACCUUCAUUCAAAACUAACUCUGGCUCCUGGCAGUGUUGAGUCACCCUUUCAAGGACCAUAAGGUAUAUCAGUUGUGAACAUUCCAACGAGUCACCACAACAAGUACUCAAGCCCAGGUUUGCUGUCGGAUCCACAAGGAGGCUAAUCUGCUCAGCCCUGUUUUCAGAGGACUGACCUCUGUCACAACUGGCUGCCUUGAGUAGCCUCAGCAGGAGCCUAGAAUUAGAGAGGAAGGAAGGAAGGACCUUUGUCCUAGUAAGCGGUAGCGUGUGACAUGGAAUCGCACUAAGGGACCACUAGGGCCUGGGGGGACUUACAUAUCCAUUCUUCAGAAGUUUGUGGAGUAUCGGUCUUCAAGGCGUGAAUUCUAGACUGAUUAUCAAUAUUUUAAGGCCAUUCUGGAUAAAUAUUCUAAAUUAUGUAAGCAAACUAGGGGGAAAUGUGCAAUUUUGAGGCCUGCCUAAUUUGCUUUGGGUUAGGGAAUAUUUUUCAGCCUCCUGCUUUAUACUCCGAAAUGUGGUAUGUUUGUGAACUUAAUGUUAUUUAAUCAAGCAGAUUUCCAAUCAGUUAAUUGCUCAUUACUGACAAAAAGGGAAAAUAUGAAACACAGGAAGGGAAAAUAAACUGACUUUUAUAAUAAAUGUCUGUCCAUCUGGUUAUUUAAAUUUAUACUCUGAGCUCCAUGUUUUAGGAUGUGACUCAUGCCUUAUGAUUUCCUGCUAUUGAGUGUUCCCUCGUGACCACUCACCGGCCCUACAGUGUCGGCAGAUCUGUGGGUGCGGGGCCAGCCCAUUUCUGUGCUCUUCCCUUGUGUGAGGUGCUGCUGCGUUUGGAUGAGUUGCCUGCUUGUAAUUUAAGAAUAUUGUCUAGAUGAGCCCCAUUCUGAUUAUUUACCCUCUUCCUGGAAUUUGACUGAGAGAGUAUGGAAAACUCAUGUGUUUGAAUCACUUCAGAGAGUAGCAGUUUCCCACUGGCAGAUUGGAGUUUUAGAGCUAUUCAAGUGGAGACAGGUGGCAGUCGAGGCCUCUGACCGCUCAGGUGCACGAGUCCUCUGGCUGAGGUGUGCUGAUCAGAACAGUGCAGUCAUUUGGGUUUUCCUCUGCAUUUUGGGAGUGCCACCAAAAACAGAGAGUGGGAAAGGUGUUCACUGAAUUCCCGGCGGUGGUUAGAAGAUGGAUGAGAAAUGUUGGGACAAGAAGAGGAAGAGCCGGGCAGGUGAGGAGGUCGGAUGGGCAGCCCAAGGGCACUGCGGUGCAGCACACGUCGUGUUCUGCCGUCACCCGGUGCAGCUGCGGGCAGCAGAGCUGUCCCAGAAGCAAGAACUUGUGUGUGGAAUCCUGCUCCCUUCUGUAGUUGCACCGUUACAAUGUAUUAAAAUGGU